CAUUCGACUACAGCGUUGAUGUGUGAACCGAUAUUCACCGGGAAUAGUGGCACGGCCAAAUGGUAUCGCGAUGGAAUCGAAGUUGCCAAUGUGACAAGGUCAGUCACCACCUUGUUCGAUGCACUCGUUGAAGUGCUUUCGAUCACUUAA